UAGAUUGUAUUUGUUUUGGCUGCUUUCCUUGCCUGCGCUUAUGCUAAACCUGGUGGCCCAGCUGCCUAUUCAAUCUCCGCGCCCAGUGCUGACCAUGCUUCGGUGGGUCAAUCACAAGAGCACACCGUCAAGGGUCAUUACGGUCAAUCCUCACAGUCGGAAUACUCAAGUGCAGUGCAAACAGCUCACUCACAAUCGCAUGUACAACGUUCCAGCAUUAGCAAUGAUGCUGGCUAUGCUCCCGGUCAUGUAGUGGCUGCUGCUCCUGCCGUUGUCAGUCAUGCUCCUGCUCUAAUUGCCCAUUCUGCACCAGCCUACUCACAUGGUAUCUCUUAUGCUGCUGCCGCUCCCGCCUACUCACAUGGUAUUUCUUAUGCUGCUGCCGCCCCUGCCAUUUCACAUGGUAUUUCUUAUGCUGCUGCCGCCCCAGCCAUUUCACAUGGUAUUUCCUAUGCGGCUGCUGCUCCCGCCAUCUCUCAUGGCAUUUCUUAUGCUGCCGCCCCAGCCAUCUCUCACGGCAUUUCUUAUGCUGCUCCAGCCAUCUCUCAUGGUUUGUACUCUCAUGGCAUCUCACAUGGUAUUUCUCAUGGCAUCAGCGGUUAUGCUGCACCUGCAGCCAUCAAAUAUGCUGCAGCACCCGCUUACGCUCAUGGUGCUGUCUUAGCUGGUCAUGGCUUAGGUUUGGCUGCACAUUUGGCCCCAGCCCAUUAUGCUGCCCCCGCCAUUGUUAAAGCUGCUGUAGCUCCAGCUUUAGUGCAUACAUCCGUUGCCGGUCAUGGUGUCCAUUACGGUUACUAA